AGAACCAGCAGGAGAGGAAAGACGAAACACGAAGCAGAUCUUUCGGUAUUUUUUGUCAUUUAUAAGUAUCUUCAUUCAAAGUAGUCUACUUUUACAGUUUCACUUGGACUAUACUUAAGUUUUUUAUUCUGUCUUUAGCCACAGAAAGAUGACGAGGCCAGGCAGUAGAGCAGUACCACGUGUAGUGGCGUCGACGUUGCGCAUGUUGUAUAAACGAGGUGCAGCUGCACAAGAAUCGGUGGGGACCGGUGCUGGUCAGUUGAAGGUGGCAGUAUUUACGGCGCUCAUCUUCUCGACUAUUUGCGUUCACCUUGAGUAGAUGAAUAAGUAAUCUGGAUCGAUAACGAAAAAAAAAAAGGACCGUUGUUCUUUCCAAGUACCUCUCAUUUUGGAAUGCACGGUGCUUCUUAGUCAGAAGAUUUAGAUGUAAGUUGGCUCUUCUUAGUCAGAAGUAAAUGUUAGUAAAUGAAAAUGUUAGUUGUAAGAAUUUUAUCGAGGAUUUUCAUUUUGUUUAAUCACAAGGCUGUUUGCAUCCUGCUAUUCUAAAGUCCGUUCUCUUGCUGCAGGGAUACAGGCUGGCAGCUGGAUGCUAGAAGUUCCUGGCGCUAGCUCGAGCAUUCUGGAAGUACAAAUGCCCUACCUAAGGGCAGCAACGUUCGACUACCUCAGAUUGGGAGGAACAAAAGAUGAUAGUGUGACUGCCCUUCAACAGUUGAAAUUGUCAGGUCAGCAGUGCGCUGAAUUGCUUGCAGAGGCAGCACAGAGGAGAGCUAUAAAACUUCUUCACAUGGAAGAACAACAAGUGCUACAGCAACAGCAGGUUGUAGGUCGUUCAGAGAAGAUGCAUACUGCAUGUACAUCCUCAAGCUGCUCAUCUUCAGUAGACGCUCUUCUUGACGUUUUCGGCAUGGGUAGCAACCGUGUCUUAGGUGUAGCCUCGACAGGAGCGCUCGCCUCCAAUUACGAGCGAAGAGGCAGCAGUGAGGCCUUUGUCUGUGUAGCAGAUGCACGAGGGCCUUUGAUAGUCAGACAUAUAAAAUUCAACACUGUCGUGGAGAGGAGCGAAGCAGAAGCAGCUGUUGACUCAUCUUCUUUAGUAGCUGGAGAUGGACAACAAGAACAUUAAGGGUAGGUUAAAGGUGCUUUUCUUACCGCUUUUUAUGCCUCUCCUAAGGGAGAAAGGCAUAAAAAGCGGGGUAAGCGAGCACCAAAAACCUACCUCUAAGAACAGAUUGACGCUGAAUCUGAAAAGCAGCAGGCUUUGCGGGAACGUCAGGACUACUUAGUGUCUAUGCAUGUCAUCGCUGUUCUCGCACGCAUAGGGCUCAGAUCAAGUCCGAACUUCUCAGAAAAGAUGGGAGAAAAUCCUGUAUUGCUUAUGUUGAAAGGAAAAAGUCCACUCUUCGUACUUCUCAAGCAAUUAGCUGGGAUCUGAGUAAGUAGGAAAGUAGCUAAUUUCUUGAGUGUGAGUGCAGCACUUUUCCCCUUCAUAUUACUGCUAGAAGGGGACACAGUAGAGAGAGCAGAGCAGUUUCUAACUGCAACGUGGGAGGAUGUCUUCGUGGCUGAACGCGUACGGAAGGAUUUCCACAACAAUAUGAAAAACGAGAAAGAUCAUGUUGAUGCUGAAGUUGAUGCAGUUGGUGAAAAAGAUCAAGAUACUACUGACCAAGUGAACAGGAUGCUUAACCCGCUAAAGGCUUUCCUUGCAGACGACACCUCGUCCCCUUUUGGACGUGCGCCUUAUCUUGUGAGACCACUACAACAACCACAACUUCUCAACACCACGACUGCGUUAGAACGUCAGAAAGAUGGCUGGUAUCCUGGCCCGCUUCCAUGGCCAGACGAAGGGGUCACUGUCGUUUCAGGGUCCUUCAAUCCUAUUCACGAUGGACAUUUGGAAGUGGCGACUGCUGGUUUGCGAAGUGCAUUCUCAUCCUCGUCUUCGUCAUCCCAUAGUACUACUACCUCUUGCAGCUCUACUACUAAGUCGACUAGAACAAGAGGAGCUCCAUCACAAGUUUUGAUUCUCGAACUUCCCGCUCAGAAUGCCGAUAAGGGGCUUCUGGAUGCAAGUGAAGUAGCAAGGCGAGCUGAAGAAGUUGCCACUUUCGUAAGGAAAAAUAGGAAGCGGCCGUUGAGAAAUGCAAAUGGGAAGAUGGACGAUGGCGAGAACGAGUCUGAGACGAACUCAGCUUCGAUCAUGGGAAGUGAUGUCAUCUGUCUUUUACUGAUAUCCAAACUUAUGCAUGCUAUUGAUUUGUCUUUUUUUAUCCAAGAGCAGAACUUAUACCCCAUGAGUGGGUACAUCUAUCUAUCUAUCUAUAUCCAAACUGCAAUGAUUAUGGUAGGACUAUUAAAUAUACCGACGUGGAGGUGAUACUCGAGACUUUCGCAGGAUCCACAACGAUCUUGGUCUUAUCUGCUCCUCUACUGUUCUAAGUACUUCUUGUAAAAAUAAACGUUCCACUUAAUAUUUCUACUGUUCUACCUCUAACAUACGCGUUCCACUCUUUUCGCAGAAGGCCCAUACCAUCUUUCCGCAUAUCGGCGUGCGUUUCGUUGUAGGGGCAGACACAAGCGCAAGAAUUCUGGCGGAAAAGUAUUACAACAACAGCCACGCGCAGAUGUUUCACGAGUUAAAGAGUAUGAUGCCAGCUAGGUUUUUGGUCGCGCCACGCCUUAUCGGGGAGAAGGUAGUUUCACUAGAAGAUCAGGAGAUACCACGAGGGCUCGAGCCUUUAUUUCUCCCAGCUAGUGGAUUUCAACGGACAGAUGUAUCAUCCACUCAAAUCCGCGCAGAACGAGGAAGAUGAGCUUUAUUGGAGAAUUCGUGACGCUGUUGUAGUUUUGCAGUUUUGUGGAGGUCAUGAUGUUGUAUGCUUUAUAUUAUUUAUGAUAUAUGAUAGUCUAAAAUAAAUGUAGCAACUAGCAAGUGAUCGAUAUCGUCCUAGCACUUGUAGGACAGGAACAAGUUUCGUCGCGCAUGAAAGACAAUCUGAACCUAACCCUCGUGAUUUUUUUAAACGCUUGUUCAGCAUCCAAGAUGGCUACUUUCUCUUGCCACCUGAUUAAUAGAACAUCAACUGCUAAAUGCGUAUCAAAAGCACGACCUAGUUCCGG